UAACAACUACAGUAUCAUCACAUUCAACGCUUGGGAAGUUAACUAAAUCUAAUUACCAAAACAUGGAAUAUAAAAAACUUCUUAUUAACAAUAACAAAGAAGAAGAUAUAGAGUUGGCUGAAAAACGAGCAACUACAUAUGACGCAUCAUCAGAACACAAAUUGGAAUCAGAGAAUAAAAACAAUAUUAAACAAUCUACUCGUCAAGAAACAGGAUCAUCUUUAUUUCAUCGGAAACCAAUAUUGCUUUUAAUUAUCAUUGCCGUUCUUAGCGUAAUAACUAUUAUUAGUAUUACAAUAUGGUUUAUUUUCAUUAAAAAAACCGAAACAACAAUUAAUACAACUACAGCUACAAUUGAUGCAUCGACAACAGGUACAACAAUUCUUACAACGUCGACAACAACAACAAAAAUGCGUACAACGUCGUCAACAGAAAUAGCAAUGCUUACAACGUCGAUAACAAAAACAACAAUGUUUACAACAUUGACAACAGAAACAACGCCGACAACAAAAACCGCAAUAACUACAAUGUCGAUAACAGAAACAACAAUGCUUACAACGUCGACAAAUUUCCAUACAACAACAAAGAAUGUAUCAAAAUUCAGUAAGUGGAAACAAGAUGCCAUCACUGUAGCUGGUGGAAAUGGAAAAGGACAAGAAUUAAAUCAACUCUAUUGGCCUGGAGGAAUAUUCGUUGAUAAGAAUAAAAAUAUUUUUAUUGCUGAUUCUUGGAAUCAUCGUAUUGUUGAAUGGAGAUAUAAUACAAAAGAAGGACAAACUAUUGCAGGUGGAAAUGGGCAAGGAAAUCGAACAGAUCAAUUGAAUUAUCCAACAGAUGUGAUUGUUGAUCUACAAAAUCAUUCGAUCGUCGUUGCUGAUCAUGGGAACAGACGAGUAAUUCAAUGGAUGAAUCAAAAUCAACAAAUUCUCAUUGAGGAUAUUGACUGUUGGGGUUUGGCAAUGGAUAAACAUGGAUUUCUUUAUGUUUCUGAUUUAGAGAAGAAUGAAGUGAGACGAUGGAAAAUGGGUGAAUACAAUGAAGGUGUUAUAGUGGCAGGUGGAAAUGGAAAAGGAAAUCAACUCAAUAUUCCUAGUUUUAUUUUUGUUGAUGAAGAUCAAUCUGUUUAUGUAUCAGAUCAACGCAAUCAUCGUGUGAUGAAAUGGAGAAAAGGUGCAAAACAAGGAAGAACUGUGGCUGGACGAAAUGGUCAAGGAAGAAAUCUUAAUCAAUUGUAUUAUCCUGCAGGAGUAAUUGUUGUUGGUUUGGGUCAAAUCUAUGUGGCAGAUUAUGGGAAUCAUCGAGUAAUGCGUUGGUGUGAAGGAAAAGAAGAAGGUGAAAUUGUUGUUGGUGGAAAUGGCCGAGGAAGUCAGUCAAAUCAAUUAAGUGGUCCCCAUGGUUUAUCUUUUGAUAAUGAAGGAAAUCUUUAUGUUGCUGAUUAUUUUAAUGAUCGAGUUCAAAAAUUUGAAAUAAUUUUGUGA